ACUGAAGCUUAUAUUUCCCCUUGACGACGGUUUUGAAAGUUUUUAAUUGGGAAUCAAAUGCCUCUAAAGAGUAAAGCUAGCUUUUUGGAGGCAUAUAAUAGCCUGACGGACAAACAUUUAAUUAACUAUUUCUCUACAUCUCGGAUGAGGCGACAUCUUAUAAAUAAUGGAUUGAUUACAGAGAACGGUGAAGUCAUACCGGAAUCAGAAUACAAGGAAACAAAAAUUCGCGAAAAUCUAAAGCGCGCUUUUUUAGAAGUUAUCGCUCAUAAUAUUGUUGAAAAAUCUCUGGAAGAGGAACGUUUACGUCAGGGAAAAUUACUAAGAGAUUUAGAAGAAAUAUGUCGCCUAAACAGAAUCAGAAAGUUAAAAGAAGAUCGUCGACAACUUUCAGAAGAAGCACCGUUAUCUAAGUUAGUAGUGAACAGUCCAAGAUCAGUAGAGAAAUUCGAACUUUUAAAAACCUACCACCCAAAUAAUAUGGCAAAUCAACCAAACUUUAAAAAGACAACUCCACAGAAAAGAAAAUAUUCUCAAAAGAGAAAACAGUGUAAUUAUCAAAUCGAUAUGUCAGCGAUGAUGCCUUAUUCAUCAAACCAACAUAAUCAACAACAAAAGUCCCCCCCAUUGCAUAGAUCAUUAAGUUGUUCAAAUAGAAAAGUACAAACUGGACACUAUUCAGACCGUAAUAAUCAUCAUCAAUCUAAUGAAAGAGAUAUUCAAUUCGAUCAACAACAUACAAGAAUAAAUGAUGAUGUCUAUCAUCAUCAUCAUGUCAAGAAAACUAAUAAACAUGAUUUGGCUAAUACUGAUUAUCAAACUCCUCCAAGGCACGUUAAUGAGUACAAUAUUGAUCGAAAUAAUAACAAACAAGUUGGAAAAUUACGAAAAUUAUCCAAUAGUUAUAGACAAUUGCCUCAGAAUAAAUUAAAACAAACUUCAUGUAUUGUCAAAUUCAUGUAUCUUGGUGUAUCACGUACAGAGGAGUCGAAAAUACAACAACAUCCGAUUAUUGAUCAACAAAGAAAUCAACAAGAAAGAACAAAUUUAAUGAAUAAUAAUAAUAAUAAUCAAUUAUUGUCACGUUUAAUCACCGUAAUUCAACAGCCGAAUGGUGGCAAUACACAUACUGUUUUCAAAGGUCUACUUCAACCUGGUGAUAUUUUUCAGAUUAUUUCGAAGCGUGUAUAUGGUUUUCCAUUUUCACUAACUUUUUACGUCGAUGGUACACAGGAUACACGUAUUAGUGCAUGUUGUGAAUAUCGAUAUAGGCAAGGAGCUCGUGUUGGUGGUAAACAUGGCCAUUUUAUCUAUUUUUCUGUUGAAGGUUCAUUUCCAUGCUACAAAUGUAAAGCACUUAAAAAACUAAGACAACAACAAGCGAAAAUGAAAAGAAAACAAAAAAUCACCACUGAUGAGAAUAAUGACAGAAUACAGAAUACGGAAGUAGACGAAGAUGAUGAAACUAGUGAUGAUUCGAAAGCUUAUGAAGAUGAUUUUGAAACAGAAGACAUACAAAUUCAUAAAGAUGGCGAUGAUGAUUCAGUCAAUUUUAUUGAUGAACAAGAACAAGAAGAAGAAGAAGAAGGAGAAGAAGAAGAAACUAUAGAAGUUGUUCAUCCGUCAGGAAUAAAUCAAGUAGACAUAAUCAAACUGGAGACUGAAAAAACACAUUCACCUAAUCACAAUAUAGGUUUAGGUUCAGUUAAUGCUACGUCGACAAUUUCAAGGCACGAUUGCCAAGAAAAUUGUCAUUUACCUUCAACUCAGCUGGAAGUAACGGAAAAUUCUAAAGAAAUAGUAAAUCAUGAAGCUGAUGAUGGUGCAAUCAAUUUUAUGGAAUAUUUCAAAUCUGUUUUACAUUCACUUGUAUUGAAUGAAACAAAUAUUAAUGGUUGUUUACGAUGUAUCAUAUGGUUAAGUAUUACAUUGAAAAAUUGUGCGACUAUAAAAAAUAAUGGUGAUGUUGAUGAUGAUCAUGAUGAUGAGCAGAAGGAGAAGGCGAAAAGAGAAGACAAUAAUACACAAGAAUCAACUAAGAAAGAUCAAUUCUGUGAAGCAAUUAUUCGACAACAAGAUGAAGAAUUAAUGCGCCUUGUUUUACCAAAACCAAAAACUGGUAAUAAACGAAAACUACGCUGGCCAUUGAAUGAUUUGAAAAUCACUGAUAAAAUUAAAUAUGUUGAUUUUUGUAAUUUGUCGAAUGUUUUGUCGAUGCCACUAUCUGAUGUUGAAAAACUUGAACUUUGUUUAGAAAUACCAGAAGAGGAUAUCAUGUAUAAAUUUGUGGAACAUUCAGCAUUAACAAAUAUUCAUAUUAUAACAUUCAGAAAUCCUUUAAAAGUGAUUCUGGAAGAAGAUGAUGAUGAAAUGAAUAAUCACUACAUAUUACGACUUUUUUAUGAAUUAGAUGAUGGGUGCAAUAAUGAUGUAAGUAAUGAAAAUCCACCUGAAAAUAUCCAAGAUCAAUAUGAUGAUGAUGAGAAAUCAAGUGAUACAUCCCUUCCAAUAUCACCGUCAUUUACUGAAAAAAAUAUUGAGUCACCUGUAAAGAAAAACAAAAAUCCUCAUUCAUCAUCGUCAUCAUUAUCGUCGUUGUCGUCUUCUUCCUCCUCUUCUACAUCAUCUUCAUCAUCAACACCAAUUUGUCCACCUUCUUUAAAAAUGAAAACACUUGAGGUGAUCAUGCCGCCAAAUAUCUGUUCAAAUCAAUCCAAAAGUUCAUUGUCAUCAAUCAGUUUAAUGCCAUCAACAUUUGAAAAAGAAUCUGAACAUGAACUAACAAUUAUGGAAGAUAAAUCGAAUUGUUUUAGUUAUACUGACCAAAAUAAUGAAUCUCUAUGGAUACAUGAAAAUGAAAAUGUUGAAAAUUCUAUCGAAAAUACUAGUACUACUAACACUGUGAAUCAUGACAAUGCCAAGUGUAGUAGUAGUAGUGGUAAUAAUAAUAAUAGUAGUAGUCGUAGUAGUAGCCGUAGUCGUGGUGAAAUUUUGGAAAAUAAUUCUUCUUAA